UGAGCAUCGUUGAAUAUGUCUUCGAAACGACUUAGAAAAACAUCGCCAUUACCUGUGUAUGUUGGAAAUUCAAUAUUAAUAUUAACGUUAUUAUUUGAGAAGCAAAAAAAGAAUGUUGGAACGUAUGAGUGCAAAUUUUGUUCAAAACGUAUUUCGUCCUCCAGUAGUAGCAGACUCAAAGAACAUAUUGCGAAAUGUGUUAUAAUUAAAAGGGAAGAUAAUAUAGCAUUGCCAUCAGCAUCACAAGUAACCAUAUUACGCAUGGACCCCCCACUCCCGGGUUCUCAAGAGUCUAUGGCAAUUGAUUCCUACCCUCCCUCAUCAAAUAAAUUUCACAAUGGAAAUUUGAUAAAAUUCCCUGAUACCAAGAUCAUGAGCGCAAAACAAGUGACGGAUGCCAGACAUCAUCUUACACGUUGGAUGUAUGCUGAAAACAUUCCAUUCAGUAUGGUAGAAAGCAGAUUUUUCAGAGAUUUCGUGUCAGCCCUUUGCCCGGACUUUACAAAUCAUUUGCCAUCACGAUAUGAAAUUUCAUUACCCAUGCUAAAUUCUUAUUGUGAAAAUUUAAAGACGGCAAUAGCCACAUACAAUACUUCCGAUAUGGAAUACACGUGCCUUAAGACUGCCGGGUUGAGCAAUAUUCAGGGUGAUUCUACGAUGCCAUCACCCUCACCUAUAUACUUAACGGAAGCACAAAAGGCGGAAUUGGCUAAAACCGCGAAUGAAAUCGUCGCGAAGGGCAAGGGUAUAUUAGCUGCAGAUGAAAGCACGGGUACGAUGGGCAAAAGAUUGACGAAAAUAAAUGUGCAAAACACGGAAAACAAUAGAAGACUUUUCAGACAACUACUUUUCACUUGCCCGAAAGAAAUGGCGGAAUCGAUCAGCGGAGUUAUCUUAUUUCAUGAAACCUUGUAUCAAAGCACCGACGAGGGGAUACCUUUCAUCAAAAUUUUACAAGAUAAAGGCAUCAUACCUGGUAUCAAAGUCGAUAAGGGUACCGCUAUAUUAGGAGGUACGGACGAGGAGACUACAACGCAAGGAUUGGAUGGCUUAGCCGAGAGGUGCGCUCAAUAUUACCAAGACGGUUGCCGCUUCGCUAAAUGGCGAAGCGUAUUGAAGAUUGGCUCACACGCUCCCACUGAACUGGCUAUACAAGAAAACGCUAACGUUCUUGCUAGAUACGCCAGUAUUUGUCAACAAAAUGGUUUGGUACCCAUAGUAGAACCCGAAAUUUUGCCGGACGGUAAUCACGAUUUACAAACAACCCAGCGAAUCACCGAAAAGGUUUUAUCGGCUGUUUACAAGGCCUUAUCUGAUCACCACGUUUUUCUCGAGGGCACUCUGCUUAAACCUAAUAUGGUAACUCCGGGUAUGGACUACAAUUCUGGAGAGCGAAACGGGCAUUCAAUAGGGAAUGAUGGUUUAAAAACCGAAGCUCAAAAUAUUGGUUGGGCUACCGUUCAGGCUAUGCAAAGAAGUGUUCCGGUCGCCGUUCCAGGUAUUACGUUUCUGUCUGGAGGCCAAACAGAAGAGGAUUCUUCCGUAAACUUAAACGCCAUUAAUCAGUGCCCAUUGAAGAAACCAUGGGCCUUAACUUUCUCAUUUGGGAGAGCGUUACAAGCCAGUACCCUAGCAGCGUGGCAAGGAAAACCAGAAAAUGUCGGAAUCGCUCAAGCUGAGUUUUUGAAGCGGGCUAAAGCCAAUGGGUUAGCAUGUCAAGGUAUGUAUGACCAAAAACAUUCUGUCGGUAUCGCAUCUACCAAGUCAAAUUUUGUACCAAAACAUCAAUACUAAUAAAUUAAUUAUUUAAAAUAUUAUUGUAAUAAUCAAAAUAGUAGAAAAAAAUAUUUAAUUUAUAUUAGGAAUUAUUAAAUGUUUGGGCACCUAUAAUUUUUUUUUUUUACAAACCAAAAAAUUCAAAAUG